GAAUUUCUGUUUUUGUCAUGCAACGCUCAGCCGAAGUGGAGUAUCGAGAUUUAAUAAUACUUCACUUUAUAUAUUAUAAUGUAAAGUAAAUGUUUUCGAGGGCGUGUUUGUGGUGGAAACUUCUGUGUUAGGUAACAUAUUGUUUUAAACUCAAAAAUUAAAUGGUGUGUGUUAUCGAGCAUUAUCGAAUAUUACAUUCUCGGAAAAAAUUAUAUAGUAUUGUCUACAGUAAUGCUAAACUUAUAAUAAUGGAUGGUGAUACAAAGUCUACGCAAUCAACAUAUAUUUAAUUCAACAAAUUUAAAGAUGUAUUUGGUUGUUACGUGCCGUCAUGAACUACACAAGCUAGAGAAGAUUCCUUUUGAAAUUUCACUGCCUCUAUUGUUGGAAUGACAAGCAUCGGAGAAAAUUGAAUGCAUGUACUCUAUAACACAUCUUGACAAAGAAUUUGCCGCUGUUUUCUGUAUCGAUAUUCACCUUUAUAGAAAUCUAAGGAUUUGCGAAAUGUGGGCUGUUUUAUUGACAACAGCUUGUAUCAUAGUUAAAGUUAGUGGAGAUAUUGAUUUGGACCUUAAGAAAUUACAACAAGAUUUUUAUCAAUGGCGAUUAAAAGAUUCUCCAGAAUUUUCUUCGGAAAUUGGACAAGUUGAAUACAAUGACCUUGUCACAGAUUUCAGUGUUCAGCAAUUCGAUAGAAGAAAGAAAAUCGUUGAAGACUAUAUCAUGAAAUUAAAUAAAAUAGACAGAAUACGCUUGUCUAAAGAUCAACAGUACAGCUAUGAUGUCUUCUUGGAUACCAUGCAGACCUUCGUCGAUAAUUACAAAUGGAGAUACUAUGGAGCCCUGAAUCCCAUUACAGCCAUAGAGGGGUUUCAGACAGAUCCAGCUUUUUUUCUGAAGGUAACACCAUUUGAUACAAAGGGAGAUUUUGAAAACUACAUUGCUCGUCUUAUAGCAUAUCCAAAACAGAUUGACCAGAUUAUUGAAAGAUUCAAUAUGGCUAUCAAGGUUGAAGCAACGUAUCAUAAUGUGACCAUAUCUCAUGUUCCAAGUCAACUGGCAAAGCUAAUAGUAUCAGAUCCUACACAAUCGGUUUACUUCACACCAUUUAAUGAUACUAUUAAGAAACUGACCGUACCACAAGCUGAAAUAUACGAUAUGGUAAAAAGAGGAAAAGAAGCCACGGCUAAUUUCAUUAAAUCUAUAAAAGUAUUAAAAUCUUUCAUAGAAACGACAUAUAUGUCAAAUACGAGAAAGUCGUAUGGGGUAGAUGGGUGGAAAGACGGACAGGAGUAUUACAAAGCCUGUUUAAAAUGGCACUUAUCAACAGAUAUGUCUCCAGCAGAAGUUCACCAAAAAGGCUUAGAUGAAGUUAAAAGAAUUAAAGAAGAGAUUACAAAGUUAAUGAGGGAAAAGGAAGAUUUUAAAGGAACGUUAUCUCAGUUUUAUCAAAUUAUUAAAGCACGGCCAUCGCUUCACAUGUCAAACGGUGGAGAAUUAUUACAGGAAUACAAUAACAUUAUAUUUAAAAGAAUUUACCCAGCUCUACCAAAGAUGUUUAAGAAUUUACCUGAUUUAAAAGUUGUGGUAGAAGAAGAACCCUAUGAUGGUCCUGGUGGUCAAUAUAUUAUUGGUACUGAAGACGGUUCUAGACCAGGAGUAUUUCAAGUUAACCUAUUAAAACCUGCAGAAUCACCAACAUUUAAUAUGAUGGCUUUAAGUCUACACGAAACUGUUCCUGGUCACCAUUUACAAGGUGGUUACGCAUUGAAGGCUGGUCUUCCAGGAUUUCAGAAGAAUAUAGAAUAUGAACGAUAUUUCGCCAUUCCUUACCAUUUCCCAUUCUAUACGGCAUAUACAGAGGGCUGGGGUCUGUAUGCCGAGUCAUUGGGCGAGGAUCUGGGACUAUACAAGAAUUACAUGGAAUUAAUAGGACGAUAUGGUUUUGAAAUAUUUAGAGGUUGCCGUCUGGUUGUGGAUACAGGUCUGCAUUAUUUUAAAUGGAGUAGAGAGCAAGCAGUACAAUAUAUGAUUGAUAAUACACCUUUACCUCGUGCUGAAAUAGAAACUGAGGUCAAUAGAUAUAUAACAUGGCCAGGACAGGCAUGUGCUUAUAAAAUAGGUGAAAUGAAAAUAAGAGAGCUGAGAGAAAGAGCUAGGACAGCACUAGGUAGUAAGUUUGAUAUCAAAGAUUUCCAUUCGGUCAUACUCACCCAUGGACCCGUUCCACUAAAUCUCCUGGAAACUAUUGUCAACGAUUGGAUAAAGGAAACGGUUAACUAUCAUUCCGCAGGAAUUGUAGGUUGAGUUGCUAUAUGGAUGACAUUCGGAAAUUAUCUAAUAAAAUGAAAAUUGUUUAGAUAAUAGUUGAAUCGUUUAUUGUUUUACUUUGAGUCUUCUUACUGCCUCUAAUUUUUGUGAAUACAUCCGUGAAAGAACUUUACGGUUAGAUCUAUUUUAUAAGGCCAACUUCAAGUUUGGUCAAAGGUCACGAGAUGUAAUCCCAACACUAAACCUAACCCCGGACCUAGCCCUAACGCUUACCUAUAUAGACUCUUGCCAACAAUCACGUGCCCUAACCUUAAUUACAUCUCAGAGACCUUGACGAAAAUUGAGGGUUUUUUUAAAGUCACAUGUGAUCGGUUGUAGUUCCGGAAUGCAAGAAUGAUAUUUAAGGAGAUCGAAUUAAGAUACAUUUCUAUCGUACACUUAAAUUCUAAGUAAGAAACUAAGUACAGUGUAUUGGUUUAAUUGUAUAUAUAGCCUGUCUAGUCACCAUUUACGUCUACUGUUCACACAAUACCCAAAAUUAGGCCUAAAUUUUUAAAUUUGAUAUGUGUGUACGCGUGGGUGGAGUGGGGUGUAAACAAAAUGAAACGAAUUGUACUUCAAUAGUAUUUGAUUGUAAAUCAUGAUUUUUACAUGAUAAUAAUAUUUAAAACCGAAUGUCGCAGGUCACCAUGUUAAUUCUUUACCCGGUUUUCACUUUUCCACAACUUGGAAGUACAUCUAGCAUACACGUAAAUAUGUAACUACACUCCAAAGCCUGCAGAAAAUGUUAAUUCUGGACAAGAAAGUCAACAGAGACCGCUAUGCAAAGGAUGGUUGCAGUACUGUGAAUCACAAAGAACUACCUUACGGCUAGCCCCCGGAUCCAUUCACUUGAUUUGAUAUUUGUUUAUUUGGUGCAAUGUCUAUUUUCUGUCUUGUCCGCAGGUUUAUCGUGUAGAUUUGUGUUUUACGUGUAGUGUGGUCCUCCUGCACUUACUACUAUAGACCGUUAUACAAGACAGAACGAUGGAAGCAGAUGUGAAUUAGGACGAUGGCCGUAAUGACUACAAUCUAUUUUGAUAUGUUAUGUUCCUGUGUGCUGUAUUGAUUGAUAGAAUUAUAGAUGUAAUAACUUUUAACGUGUGUUCCUGUAUUGUUAAAAUAAAGAAGUCAAAUACA